UUCUUCCCCCUACUAAGCUAGCUAAAAUAAAAUUUAAGGCAACCGACAUAUGCAUCCAAUAUAUGUGAGACGAGACCUCAGCAUCCCCACCUAUGGACUCCGACAGUCCAUUUUGUUGAACACGAGGCUUCAGGACUGCUAUGUGGACUCACCAGCUCUCACCAACAUAUGGACGGCCAGAAAGUGUGCAAGGCAGAAUGCCAGUGCCCCCACACCAGGAACCACCACUUCUUGGGAAGUUGUAAAGAAUCCAUUAAUUGCCAGUUCAUUCUCCCUGGUGAAGCUUGUACUCAGGCGACAACUGAAGGAUAAACGCUGCCCUAUGCCACGCAAGUUUGAAGAAGCAAAACCCUCGAAGAGAUUAAAGCCCAAGGACAACUCAGCAAUGAAAGCUGCCCAGCGGCGCAGGAUCAGAAACUCUAUCAGUUCCAAGAGCAAGCUGCCAGCGGGGCAGCUGGGCUCACCUAGGUGCAAGACGCCCACAGGAAGCAUCAGCGAGAGUAAAGAAAGUUCAAAGGAGAAAAAAGUAACUGUCCGCCAAGAUCUUGAGGAAAGAUAUGCCGAACAUGUGGCUGCCACCCAAGUGCUACCCUGGGACAGUGGGACAGCAGCCUGGAAGGACCAGGCGUUGCUUCUUGAAGCCAGAAAGAGACAGCAGUUGUCAGAGGACACACUCACCAUCCAUGGCCUCCCCACAGAGGGUUACCAGGCUCUGUACCAUGCUGUGGUUGAGCCAAUGCUAUGGAAUCCCUCAGGGACCCCGAAGAGGUACAGCUUGGAGCUGGGCAAGGCCAUUAAACAGAAGCUCUGGGAGGCCCUGUGCGGUCCGGCCGCCAUCACUGAAGGUGCUCAGAAGGACCAGUUGCUGGGCAGAAAGCAGCCCCAUGUCAGCGAGGAGCCUGUGCCAAAGAAAUGGCCCAAGUUAAAGAGUGAGAAAUAGGAACAGGAACUCGUGAAACUAGGAUAUUCUCUGCUAGAUGUCUGAAAAAUAAACACCACUUUGCACC